AUGGCUACGCGGCAUGAACCCAGUUCUCUAUGGUGGCCCGAGGAGAGAAUCAAAUCGACCUUGAAUGCCAAAUAUGUGAUCAACCACCUUCCCGCAGGAACCAACACAAGGCUGUUUGAUUCCCCGCGCUGGGGAGAGGGGCUGACCAGCGAUACCUAUUUGGACUGGAUUCUCCUCAAGGCAGCACGUCUCUUCUUGAUUCUCAGUGAUAUCGGGGUUCCGGAAAGGAUCUUCGCGCUGGUGGAUGAGUCUCUGGAUGAUGACAAUCUACCCAUUGCCGGAGAUAAAGUUCAUUUACUCCAUCUCUCCUCGGAUGGAGGAAGUUCUGCGCUAAAUGCCAAAUUUCUGCGGGCGCAAUGGCGAUUCCUUGUCCGAGGUAUUGCCGAGGGCGAGCAUGUAACAUACACGGAGCAAGAAGGCGUCCCUGUGGAGGUGAUGCGUGGUGGAAACGGUGCCGGGAUGCAAGGUCGUGAUAAUGAAGUCGACAAUAUUGUGCUGGCGGGCUCAGUAUGUCGCGUGUUGCUCCGAUCAGAAGUCCAGAUCGGUGUCGAACCGCACUUCUUCAAGACAGAGGAGGUGCUGGAGGAAAUUCGAUCAUUGCGGCGCCUGGCUCAUGAGCAUCUCACUUCUGUAUAUGCUUCCUAUUUCGUCGACGGCACAAUCUGCACGCUCUUCACUGGCGCAACGGCAGAACGCACCUUGCACAGUUUCUUGACAGACGAGCCACAAUCCUUCAAAAAGCUACCGAAAGAGCGCCGUCGAGAGAUACUGAUCAGUUGGCCGCACUGCUUAGUAUCAGCAUUGACUUGGCUGCACGCGCAUGGCCAACCUCAUGGUGCCAUUUACCCUUCAAACAUCCUUGUCGACCCUAUGUUCCAUAUCAGCCUCGGUCAAUUCCAGGCCCUCGACUCGCUUCUCGAACCACCCCGAGUCCACGAACUCGAGGCAUAUAACUACUCUCCCCCCGAGCGCUGGGUGCGAGCUACCACCCGGGUCCAGCAGCAGACUACUACACCAGCGCGCACGGAACUCCCAUCUGGAAGCCGAACAGCGCGACGGAAACGGUCUACCCAGUUUACGCUGGCAUCGCUGAAUGAAAGCCCUCAAUCUUCGCCUGACCUCCGACGACCGGAUUCGGCCGCCUCCAAGGGAACUGUUAUCCGCGUAGGGUUGCCUGUCUCAUCAUCACGGUCCUCUUUUGCGCACUCCACGUCUUCAUCCUCGUCUUCAACAUACUCAGGUAUGAACGCCAACAACGAGGGAUCACAACAUCGCAGCUCCAGUCUGAUGCAGAGACCCCGACCUCGUCUAUCAAUCGCGUCAAUGACUUCAUCAAACUCCUCUUCCUCGCCGACUUCUUCAUCUUCUUCUUCAUCCACCCCAUCCUCUUGUGCCCCCGCAAGACAAUGUACCAACACAGUCCUAAGUAUCUGGAAAUCAGAGCAAACAACCCCUCUCCCAUCAGAUAUCUUCUCCCUCGCGGCCAUAACCCUCGACAUCCUCACACACCUCUGCAAGAGAUCUCUAUCAUCAUUCACAUCCCACCGCAGCGCCCGCAAUCGUACCGCCGGCCGGGGUGGUGGCAUCGCCGACGCAUCUUUCCAUCUUCCGCGCAAUGCCGUGCAGAUCCAGUCCUGGGUUGCUUUGCUGGAAGGCGAUUCCAAGAAACGUUGUCGUCGCAAGCGAGCCAGCGAUAAUGUCUUCUGGGCUGUUCCUAGCAUGCUCUCCCUUGUUCGGUCGAUGCUUCAAUCAGAGCCGGAGGAAAGGCCGAGCGCUAGACAAGUGAGGAAGUAUUUUGCGGAUGUUAUUAGUCAAAUUCCUCCUGUGGAUGGGGCAGAUGGUGUAUCUGUGCAUUGUGUAUCAGUGGCGGAAUCUACGCCCCAGACGAAGAGAAAGGGAGGGAACAGCCAUCCUGACAAAGAGAACAAUAUUGAGAAACACAAUACUGCCCACGUCAAAGAUAUAGCGACUCUACCUUCCCCCAUGUCAGAAUUUGAUUUCGGAUUCUCUGGUGAUUUGAGUGGCAGCGAUGCAAAUCUCAACCACGAUCCAGCUGACUCUUCGCCUUUCGUGAAACAGGACCAGGUUCUAGUUGGAUACCCGCCUGGUGGGCAGGACUCAUGCGAGGAUCUGGGUUACAAUGUUACCGCAAUGGGCAAGCUAAGCUGCCACGAGGAAUGGGUUCAUGAGAGAAAGUCGCCCGGUGUUGGCAGUUAA